AUGGCAGGGGAUGUAUGUGACCAGGUAUCAAGUGGGAAGUGCCUUCGAUCCAUUCUGCAAAGAUUUGCUGACAGAACUUCCAUGCAGGGUGUGUCCUUUCUCAGUACCUCCCGGAGCUGGUACGCAAGGGUAAUUUGGAGUUGUCUCCUCUUGACGUCCUUGGCAAUGCUGUUUUAUCACCUGACCUACCUGAUACAUAUCUACUACAGUUGGCCAAAACACACAUCGAUGAGCAUAGGGUUCAGCCCAUUGCCUUUCCCAACCAUAACCAUCUGCAACACCAACCCCGUGAGGUUGAGCCAAAUGAAGAAUGUAUCCAAGGAACUGAAAAGGUUCUUCGAGAAGACCAACCCUAACCGUCUCGCUCAAGAACUACAGAGAGAGAAUCGUAAGCAGUUCGGAACCGUUGAACUCCGAUGUCGAACAUGCAAACUCGGGAGCAAGGGAGGGGAAAUGGGUCUCAAUGAAAGUUCAACCUCUGCCAACAUUCAGAUUGAAUUCCAGAACCUGUUUAUGAAAGAGACACGGCAGAGGAGGAUAGCUAUUGGACAUCAACUGGACGACAUGAUGAUGGAUUGCUCCUUCGCCUGCCAAACAUGUAGUCAAAGGCAUUUCAUUAGGAAAACGUCGUCCACAUUCGGGAACUGCUACACCUUGGAGCACACGAAGUUCGUCAGCAAGAGGAGUGGUCCGAUACAUGGUCUGCAACUUAUUUUGAACCUGGAGAACUAUGAACAACUGGAGGGUAUCACGACGGGUAACGGGUUCCAGCUGGUAGUCAACCCCCAUGGCAUGCUGCCCUUCCCAGUCCAUGAUGGGAUCACCAUAGAUGCUGGAAAGGAAACGAAUAUAGCUUUGAAGAAGGUGGCGAUCCACAGACUGGGCGCUCCGAAAUGGGACUGUGAAAACGGGGAGAUGUUUCGACGCAAAUACAACAUCACCUACUCCGUGCAGACUUGCCAGCUGCUGUGUGAGCACGAGAUGAUCUCCAACACGUGCAAGUGUUAUCACGUGUCCGAGGAGGAGAUGAUCAUACUCAUGAACACCACAAAAGCUUACCCGGCAUGCCGGACUAAGAAACGAUACCGCAUGGAUACCUACUACUUGUUUGAUCGUUCUCUUAUCUGUUCAUUUGUAGAGGUUCGCUGUGUGCUGGACCAGAUGGCAUUGUUUGAGACCACGCCACAAAACUGCAGUUGUGGGAAUCCUUGCAGAGAAACAAAGUACGAGAAGAGGUUAUCCUCCCGACAAUGGCCUUCGCACAGCUAUGCGAAGGUGCUGAAACAGAAGCGGUGCAAGGUGAUCUCCGCUGCCGACUGCGCAAAGCUGGACAUCCCUUCAACGGACCUCAGUUUAAACUUCGCUAAACUGAACAUCUUCUACGAAGACCUCAACUACGAAGUGAUGAAAGAGGAACCAGAUUAUGAGCUGACCCAAUUCGUGUCUGACGUUGGAGGUACCCUUGGCCUCUGGGUUGGAUUGUCCGUCCUCAGUAUAUUCGAGCUCGUGCAGCUGCUUCUCGAGUUAUCCACGUUUGCCACGUGCAGGGCGUGCAGGGCGAACGGCCCGGAUGAUGACACCCAGAAGUUGAAGGAGAAAAAGCCACCUGACUUUCCUCCUUCCUACCCAUCCAACCCAACCGGUCACAUUUCUGGCUUCUCGGGCUACUGAACAUGGUAUCUUCACUACUGAAUGGCCCUGCAACGUUGACACACGUAACUGUC